UGGGGCGUGGGGCGGUCCCUGCCCCUCGCAGGCCGCCGCUGUGCGCGGUGGGGUGCGGUGCGAUGCAGCGGGGCUGGCGGCACGGCUGCGCCUCGGCGCUUGCUGCUUCCGUGGGAGAAGCUCUAAGCGAGGGCUCUGAAAGGCGUUCUUAGUGAAACGGCAGGAAAGGCACUUCUUGGGGAAAAGAACAGUAAUAAAAAGCCCUUUCAGCUUAACUUCUCCCCCAGCUUAAAAAGGCAAGAAGCAAGAGCCCCAGCGGAACUGCUGAGCUUCAGCCUUGCCGAGUGGCUAAGGAAGUUUUUCUCCUCGCACUCUGCUUCUCGCCACUUUCUCAGCAGCGCACACCGGCGGGAGGAGGCUCCGCGCCCUGGCGUCAGUCCCUGCAGGAGCUUUAGUAGGGGGAAGGUCUCUGCUGUCUGCUCAGUGACUCAGAUACAGCGGUGCGUGGGCAUUGCCCCGUGGACAGCACACAGCUACGCCCUAUCGUGUACUGCCUUUCAAAAAGCCACCGGUUUAUUCUUGCUAAGUUAGACUUGUUAGGGCAUCUUUAUCCCUUUCUUUUCCUGUUAAAGUUGUCCCUAGACUGCAAAUGCAGCUCAAAACAUACCUUGGCCAUCUCCCCUCCCUUGCAUUCCCUGAUAUAUAAACUCGGAGAUUAAAACCCCAAAGCUGGUGGUGCUGUGAGAGCCUCUGCAGUACCACACAGCACCAAAGACUCUGGCACUGCACAUCACUGUGCACAUGCAGUUGUGUGCAUGACAAAAGGGCCGUGCAGAUGUACUGUAGCUUUAAACCACCUCUCACAGCCUCUAAAACCUGCUGUAGAGCACGGGGAAGGAUUUUCUAAUCGUUAGGUGAUGAGCUGCUGUUAAGGGCGUGUGAGGAUUGCAUCUGCUGCGUGCCGCUGCACUCGAGUUUCUAGAGGAAGAAGAUGAAGACUCCAGCACAACCUUUGUAAGCACAUCAAGGGCAAAUCAGCUGUAACAACGUAUUUUAAAUGUUAUCUGAUACACUGCAAGAGGCAGGAAUGGCAGCAAAAUUAAUGGGGUAGGUCUUUAAAAGCAGCAAAGGUGAUGCAGGAACGUGUCACAGCAAGCAAAAAGAGGACCAGGGAAGCACCAGAUGCGAAGUACCCGGGUACAAGUAGUAGAGUACUUUCCUGUCUCGCUUUAGGGCUGAGGUCAGGCAGAAUGUUUCCCUGUUUUGUUUUCAGGGUGUUUGAGGAGGAACGCACCCCGAGAGAAGCAGCAGAGCAGCUGUGCUGCAGGCAGCGAUGGUUCGGCUAACGACAGAGCUGAUUGCCAGAAGCACGGCCCAGAGGAGGCGCAGCCAGGACAACCUUGGGCAGUGCCUGCAGAAAAUAACUCACCUGAAUUUAUCUGACAAAAGCAUAGAUGUGAUUGGUGACUUCUCCCUGUGUAAAAACCUCAGAGUUCUCUAUUUGUAUGACAACCAAAUCAGGCAAAUCCAGAACCUGGACUUUGCUUCCAAUGUGACCCACCUUUACCUGCAGAACAACUGCAUUGCAGCCAUGGAGAACCUCUCCUCGCUGAAGAACCUCGAGAAGCUGUAUCUGGGGGGCAACUGCAUCGCGGUGGUAGAGGGCUUGGAUAAAACAGCCAAAAUCAGAGAGCUGCACAUGGAAAGCCAGCGCCUGCCCCUUGGUGAGAAGCUUGUGUUUGAUCCUCGAUCUCUCAGGUCCCUGGCACAAUCUCUGUCUGUGUUGAAUAUCAGCAACAACAACAUCGAUGCAUUACAAGAACUGGCAGUGCUGGGAAAUCUUUCUGAUCUCAGAGCAGCUGACAAUCAGCUUCAGUGUAUGAAGGACUUGGAGCUGGCACUACAGAAAUGGACGAAGCUCUGCAGAAUGGACCUUAGAGGGAACCCCAUCUGCCAGGAACCCAAGUACAGGGACAGGAUUGUUGUACAGUCACCAGCAUUAGAGUUCCUCGAUGGGAAAGAAAUAAAAGAAGUGGAAAGACAGUUCCUACUGAAUUGGAGAGCCUCCAGAGCUGCCAGGAGAGAGCCCAAAGAGAGAACCACGAAGGGUAGUGCAGCCUGUCAGCGGUCCUCUGACUCUGAAACCACUUAUCCUGCUGUUCCCUUUCACUCUGCAAAAGGAAAGCCAAAUGCUUUAGUUUUGUCUGAGAUGCACAAAGUUAAAAGAAAGACUCCGCCAGGGAUCUGGGGAAAAAUCAGUCAGACAAAAGCUCAGGCUGAGGAGGAGUCUGAAGCCACGGCAGAAGUGCACUAAAAGCCUCAAGCCGCAGGACUCCAACGUUUGGCUCUCACUGCGGUUUUUAAAUUGCUUUCCCUCCAAUCCUCCAAAUAAAGAGACUGGAGACCCUC